UUAAACGUGUCCAUACUUGAAUAAUAUUUUUGUACGAACCGCUGAAUCAUGCCUAGGGGUUGAUUUUAAAAAAUGACAAAGCUUAGGACACGUGUUUAGACUUGUGGUUUUUCCGGCGCGCGAUUUCUUUAGUUUAAGAUAACUCUCAAGUUUUAACCGUCAGAACUCCACUUAAAAUCUGGCAACGUCGCAGUCACCGUUCGAAAUACUCGGAUACGAGGGACGAGGGGAAAAGAGGAGAUAUGACUUUCGCCGUGGGUCCAACAUAUUACCGCCCAUAUACGACUAACAGACAGGAGUUGAUUUUUUAAAAUUUAAAAAAAUCAGUAUAAAAAAAACAUGCGCACUUACACACAUUAAGUUAAUUAAUAAAUUAAAAAAAUAAUUAAUUAUUUAUAUAUUUAUUAUUCUAGAUACUGCGAUCUUAUUUUACAUAACUGUAUCGUUGGAUAAAAAAUAAAACAAAGGUCACUACAACCACACACGAGAUUUAAAUACCAGCAGCUGCGUUAAUGUAGAAAUUGAUAAACACUCAGGUUGCAUCAUCAUCCAACAAGAUGGCAGUUCUAUUCGUACAAAUUUAUUAUGUAUAAAAUAAAUAUACAACAUAAUCUGAUAUUUAUUUUAGAUAUAAAUACAUGGAAAAAAUCUAUAAUUACUCAGCAAGGAUACAAGUAUAAUUAUUUAUUUUAAUUAUUUGUGUAACUACAGUCUCUACAUGACAUCAUGACUCAAGACUUAAAUCGAACUAUUGACUUUUGUGUACGACGUAGGAUAUCACACACUCACACAUGUCAAUAUCGUUGUAUACAAUAUAUUUUAUUAUACAAGUUUAAAAAUCCCACGUGAGUGUAUGGUAGAUAUAAAUUGAUAUUUAUAAAGAAUUAAAGAAUGACUAACUGGGUGUUGAACUGUAUGACUGACAGUAAAAGCAACUAGACAACGUAAAUAAUUUAUGUUGGCUUGAACAAGUAUGUGCAGGAUAAAACUUGUUGGUGUAAAGAAAAAAAUCUGACGCAUCAAUUUUACAGCUGGUCUUUUUAAAAUUUGAUAAUGAUGUUGUUGCUGUGCUCGUUGGAAUUCUGCGCGCGCAUUUAUGUCAGCUGUUUAAUUUUAAUACAAUAGAUUACAUUUAUUUUUAUUUAUUUGUUUGUUGCAGGAAUUUACAGGAAAGCUGUUGGAUUGUUAUACUUUUGUAUUCAUUUGAAAAAAUGUAUGAGCGUUUUUUUUUUGGAAAAAAUAAACGAUCAUUUUUAAAUUUAUAAGAAUUAUUUUUCUUCGAAUGAAAUGAAAUCUGGGAUGAAAAUUUAUAAAAAUUAAUGUAGAAUUUUUUGUUGAUAUUUUAUUGUGCGUUAGUCAUUUUUGUUGUGAAAAAGUACCAGCUGAAGUACACUGAGAUUGAGAACUGUACGUACGGUUGGUAAAGAAAAUUCAUUAAAAUGAUUCUGAACCUUAAGUCGAACAAACAAUAAAUCCAGGUGUACUAUUGAUAACAAUCGACGAACAAACGGUUUUUAUGAACAAAAAUAUAAAAAUUCAGUUUGUCGGCGCUAAUCUUUGAGAGGUUUCUGAGACGCACGUUGAUUCAGCAAGAUUUAGCUUUGCUUUGUGCUCUUGAAAAAGAUCAUACAUUUUUUGCAUCUUGAUAAAAAGUAUAAGCAGUAAUAAAAAUUAUCAAUUAUUUUUAUUUAGAUUUUUAUGGAAAAAUGGGAAAAUUCGUAGCAGUUAAACUAGAAGACAAAGAUGAAAAUAAAUGGGAGGGAGUUCCGGACUUAUGGGUUACUGAAAAUGAUGACAAUUGUUGGUGGCCAGAUAACGAUGUUCAGCGUAAAGCGGAAAAUGAGAUUAUAUUUAAUGGCUCUUCUAAGGGAUGGGAUUUGCGUCCUGUUGGAGGUGUCUAUCAUAUUGAAUAUGAUAGACUUGAUGAUGCUGAAGAAAAAGCUGAUGAUCUUAAUCGUAAAGAUUUAGAAGACGAAAGAUACAACGAAAUUAAUAGAAAGCUGUGUGUUGUGGAAACCAAGCUUGAUUCAAACUAUGGCACUAUGUUUUGCAAGCAAAGGAAAAUGGAUCAGGAUUUUGAAGAAAUGAAAAAGAUAUUGAAAGCUCUGCAAAAUCAAGCUGAUAUAUAUCAUGAAAAUAAAUUAACUUUAGCAGCUCUUUUGCCUGUCAAGGAUCUUGAAAAUCUGCAAGCAUUUGAAUCACGACUCAUGACUGAGACCGCGAUAUCGCAAGCUUUUAAAGAAUUUAUUGCCAUUUUGACUGAUAAUGAAAACUUGACUGAGAGUGUUUCGAAGAUUCUAGGAGCAGUUUUUUCAAAUCAGUUUGCAGCUCAGUGUUCCUGGGAUGGGCAAAGCGGAAUUAAAAUUAAAGACUCAUCAAUAAUUAAAAAAAUUGAUGUGACAUUAAAAAAUAUUAAUGCAAACUAUGAAGAAUUCGAACGAGCAGCAGAAUCUUGGUUUCAGAAUAAAAAAAAAUCAGCGAUAACACCAGAUUAAAUUCUGAUACUGAAGUUAGCAGACAUUUAAAAAUUUUUGAAUUUUCGUAUUCCAACAAAUCAAUUUAAAAAAAAAUACAAUCAAAAUAUACACAAGUAGAAAAUUUUAAAAACUACAGGUUCAAUUUUGUCAAAUAUUUUUUUUUAUGUUUUAUCGUCUAAAAAAAAAUCCAAAAAUUAGUAGACGUCUGCUAACUUCAGUAUCAUAUUAAAUUAAAAUUUACUUAUUUUUGUACUAAGAAGAUUAUUUGUUAUUCAAA